GUGUAGUUGAGUGUGUGUGUCUCCAGUCCACCAGAGAGGACUGAGUGUGGAGCUGCUCUGCUGGGAGCUGAGCUGAACUACAUGGUGCUCUGGUCUAUUUUUCAAGAUGUCGUCGCUGGAACAGAGGCUGUCGCGGAUCGAGGAGAAACUAAAGCAGGAGAAUGAAGAAGCUCGGCGGAGGAUCGACCUCAACAUCGACAUGAGUCCGCAGCGGUCACGUCCGAGGCCCAUCAUCGUGAUCCAGCUCAGUCCUGCUCCAGCCCCUUCCCAGCGUGCAGCGCUCCAGCUGCCACUGGCCAACGAUGGAGGCAGCCGUUCAUCGUCUUCAGAGAGCUCGCCUCAGCACCACCCCUACCCCAGCCGCCCGCGACACAUGCUCACCCUGCCCACGCCUCCGUACGGCCUGCAGAAGAGCUUAGAGAAUGCCGAGAUCGACCAGAAAUUGCAAGAGAUCAUGAAACAGACGGGUUACCUGAAGAUCGACGGUCAGCGGUAUCCAGCGGAGGUGACGGACCUGAUCAGUGAGGGGGAGAUCGGCAGCGGGACCUGUGGACAGGUCUUCAAAGUGCGAUUCAAGAAGACCGGCCAUGUCAUUGCUGUCAAACAAAUGCGUCGUACAGGAAACAAGGAUGAGAACAAGAGGAUCCUGAUGGACCUGGAUGUGGUGCUGAAGAGUCAUGACUGCCCUUACAUCAUCCAGUGCUACGGCGCCAUAGUUACCAACACGGAUGUAUUCAUCGCCAUGGAGCUGAUGGGAACGUGUGCCGAGAAGCUGAAGAAGAGAAUCCAGGGCCCCAUCCCAGAGCGAAUCCUUGGAAAGAUGACAGUGGCAAUAGUGAAGGCGUUGCUGUACCUGAAAGAGAAACACGGUGUCAUCCACCGGGACGUCAAACCCUCCAACAUCCUCCUGGACGCUAAAGGUCAGAUCAAACUGUGCGACUUCGGCAUCAGCGGACGCCUCGUUGACUCCAAGGCCAAGACCCGCAGCGCCGGCUGUGCUGCCUACAUGGCGCCUGAGAGAAUAGACCCUCCAGAUCCCACCAAACCUGACUAUGACAUCCGAGCAGACGUGUGGAGCCUCGGCAUCUCUCUGGUGGAGUUGGCCACGGGACAGUUUCCCUACAAGAACUGCAAGACAGACUUUGAGGUUCUGACCAAAGUGCUGCAGGAAGAUCCUCCUCUGCUGCCUCUCGGCAUGGGCUUCUCCCUCGACUUCCAGUCCUUCGUCAAAGACUGCCUCACAAAGGAUCACAGAAAAAGGCCAAAAUACCACACGCUGCUGGAGCAUCCAUUCAUCCGGCGUUACGAGGUGCUGGAGGUGGACGUGGCCGGUUGGUUCCAGACGGUGAUGGAUCGCACCGAGUCGCCUCGCAGCAGCCAGUGUUACAGCCAUCAGCACCAGCUCCACUCACUCUUCAGUAGGUAGCCUAGCCCAGCCCGGCGUUAGCUUAGCCAGACGCUAGUCUUGCCUAGCUUUAGCUUUGCCAAGCCCAGACUCAAGUCUGUCCUAGUCUAGCCCAGCGUUAGCAGCUAAGCCUAGCGUUAGACCCAGCCCGCCUGUCCAUCUGUCCACCGGAGAACCUGAAGAGCCCGCAGAGGAGGGGAGACGGAGACUCGAUGGAGUGAUGGACGGAGACGUGGACUGAUGGAUGGGUGGAACAGGUGGUUCUGUUUAUCGGUGUGUUGAAUCUGGACAGGCAGACAUGGGAAGGAGGGAAGAGAAAAAGGUGCACACUGUAGUUAACUUCAUUCGUUCACACGUCUCGUCACGCUCUCAUAUCACAUCACGUCACAGUGUGUGUAACAGCCACACACACUCACUCACAAACUGUGUGUAUCUCGUUAUGUGUGUCUACGUUUCCUCCACUUGUCAUUAGUUUUUCACCUACAUGUCUGUCCCCAGCAUUGAUCCAAGCCGUUGGAUUAGUCAACAGAGUAGUCACUACACACUGGAACAAAGCAUCUGCUACAUUAGCAAACCUGAAUCUUCUCUUGUACAUAAACGUUAUGGAGGACACAACAAUGUCCGGUGCAAUUAUGAUUCUUCAGGUGUUUCUACUAUCACACAUUCUCAGGCUGAAUCUCUGUGUGUGUGUGAGUGAGUGCGUGCGUGCGUGCGUGUGUAUGGAUAAAUAUCAAGACACAGUCACUGGUUGUUUUUAAAAGUAAGAUUAUAUUUCCUAGUCAUUUAUUCACCUUCACACUACAGCUGUAACACACAAACCAGAAUGAAUUAAUCCGUAGGCUGUGCUUCAUUUUUAACAUGCAAGGAGGAUAGUAACCCUCAUUAACUUUGAUAUGAAAUAUGUUAAGAAUACCCGUCAUUGUAUUUAGCAGCUGCACAAUUGGAAAAAAACAUGAUGAAAAAGAUUUACAAAAAAAUUAGUGUUGCAUUCUAGCUUUGUAGAAAAGGAGUGGUUUUGUUUUUGUGUGUUCAGAAUGACUUAGAUGAACUAAAACAGAUGGGAGGGAUACUAAGAAGAGCAAAGAUGCAUCAGAAAGGAGGAGGAGUGAUCGACUCUUUCUAGAAGUGUGGGAGAGAAAAACAGAGGAAGUAGAAGAAGAGGAGUUUUACUCUCGUGUUAUUAGAGUGAGAAACCAGAGAGAGGUUGGGGUUAAAAAUGGGAACAGAGUGUUUUUUCAUUGAGAAGGCAAAGAA